AUGCCCAACCACUCCUCCUGGCCACGCACCUAUCUCAACUGGAAAAGGGUGAUGUUCCUCUCCCUGAAGUGCGUCUACUUCAUGCUGGUGGUGAAGUUCGCCCAGAAAUGCCUGUCCAAGUCGGUGAAGAGCCACCUGGCCCAGCGGCAGCUGAAAUCUGGAAACCACAAGCUGGAGGAUCUACGGACCAAAGCGGCACACCACAUUUGAUGGUCACGUGACGAUUAUUUUUCUGUAUAUGUCGCACUUUGGAGAAGCCAAUAAGGCACAUGAAUAAACGACAGUUGGGG